CCGCGCGCCGGGGCCAUGCCGCGCUCCUUCCUUGUUGACUCGCUGGUGUUGCGCGAGGCGGGCGAGAAGAAGGCGCCAGAGGGCAGCCCGCCUCCGCUCUUUCCCUACUCGGUUCCCCCGCCGCACGCGCUGCAUGGUCUCUCGCCCGGCGCCUGCCACGCGCGCAAAGCCGGGCUGCUAUGCGUGUGUCCGCUCUGCGUCACCGCCUCGCAGCUGCACGGGCCCCCAGGGCCGCCCGCGCUGCCGCUGCUCAAGGCAUCCUUCCCACCCUUCGGCUCGCAGUACUGCCACGCACCCCUGGGCCGCCAGCACACGGCCAUGUCGCCCGGGGUCGCCCAUGGCCCGGCAGCCGCCGCCGCCGCCGCCGCCGCGCUCUACCAAACUUCCUACCCGCUGCCGGACCCCAGGCAGUUUCACUGCCUCUCCGUGGACAGCAGCUCGAACCAGCUGCCCAGCAGCAAGAGGAUGCGCACGGCGUUCACUAGCACGCAGCUGCUGGAACUGGAGCGCGAGUUCGCCUCCAAUAUGUACCUGUCCCGCCUUCGCCGCAUCGAGAUCGCGACUUACCUGAACCUGUCGGAGAAGCAGGUGAAGAUCUGGUUUCAGAACCGCCGGGUAAAGCACAAGAAGGAGGGAAAGGGCACCAACCACCGCGGGGGCGCAGGGGGCGCCGCGGCGGGGGCCGGCGGGGGCGGCGCGCAAGGCUGCAGGUGUGCUUCGCUCUCCUCGGCCAAGUGCUCCGAGGAUGACGACGAGUUGCCUAUGUCUCCGUCCUCCUCGGGGAAGGACGACCGGGACCUCUCGGUCACUCCGUAGGCGCUCUUGCCCUUAGGCCGACUCACCCGGGGCCUCCGGUAGCACCAAGACUGGUCCUGGGACUCGGCGUUGGUCCCUAGGUACCCACUGCCAAGCGACUUCCUCGCCCGGGUUUGGCCCCGCUUUGCGGAAUCCCCCAGCUCUAGGCAGAGCGGGGAUUUUAGCAGAGACCUGCCGGUGGUAUCCGGGCCUGCAGGGCUCCCAGGUGUCCAAAGAGAACUCCAAUUUGGGAACCCCGCGGCGCUCCAGUCCUGCUCCGCAGUGCGUCUCUCUGGCACGCCUGCUCAGCCCAGCGUCUCGCUGGCUGCUGGCUGCCGACGCCUCUCCAGCCUUUUCUGGGCUGGCUCAAGCUUCCUCGCUUCCUCUACUUUCCUUUAUCCUCAGUCAAGCUCAGCCUUUGACGUGGAUGUCCGUUUGCUUUCCUUUUUUAAAAUGUCUCUCCCUCUCAAUUCUUUUCUGUGGUUGCUUAAUCCACCCACGCCCACACCACACGUUGAUGAGCUUUCCUCUCCUUCCCUUGAUCAAGCCUUGCUGUUGGAAGUCCAUCCAGCUUCAAAAUUCCCCAUGAUAUCCGUACCGGGAGAACAGAUCUAUUUUGUUACCUAUUUGCUCUACCAUUCCCCAAGCUCUUCUCCUGCGAUCCCUCUCUAACCCCCAGGUCCUGCCCUGCCUGGGCCUAGCUGUGUAAUUGUAUGGUUUCUGUAAUACCAGAAGAUAUUUAUUUAUUUAUUUAUGUACAAAAUUUUAAAUAAACUUUUUUUUUCUUAGAAAUGCCCGUGCCUCUGGGCUCCAAGACCUCUCUGGUCUGGACUAGACAGGCACUGGCUUGGAUUGGACCUUCCUUCCGGGGCAGGGUAGGGAGGUGUUACCAAGGAUUCUUAGCUCCAGCCCUCAUCUCACUGCUCCCCCAAACGCACAGCCUGCAAGAGACCCAGGCCUCUGCUCCAGCACUGUGCACUUCCCAGAAUCAUCUCCAGCCUGGCACUCCACACCCUGGCCCAUUGGCUGAACUAGAAGGGAGGGGGGGAGCUCUCUUCCUGAUGCAUCUGGGUAAGGACACCUGCAGCACCUCAGGCCAGGGGUGGACCCCACCUCCAGCCCUCCAGGUUUCAUUCUC